GACACAUCCCUUAUCAAUAACAAUCUUCCACACAAUAUAUGUAAAAGGUGUUUUUUAACAGUUGAUGGGGUGGUUAACAGCCACUGUUGUCUGUUGGUCAGUGACUCAGUGUAAUAUAGUUUCUACAUCUGUGGUUCUGCCCCUGCAACAUAUAAUAAUAAUCCGUUUACAGCUGAAGUGAAGUUGCUGUAUCAUCAAGAACACUACAAUGGUGUGCUACAAUUUAGUGGUCCAACAAUCACCUCCAAUUCUUCUUCAAUCACAAUGCCCCUCAAAACCCAGGGGAAUGCCUUUGAAAGUGACAUCUGCCUGCUGCACUGAAGGUCCUAUAUCUAGUAAGGUUGGGGUUAAACAAGUCAUUUCAGGUCUUGCAGCAUCAAUCCUAUGUCUCUCUCAAAGUAACCUGGCUUUUGCAGCAGAUCUUCCUCAUUACAACAGUGUGUUCCAACUUGCAAAUGCCACAGACAGCGCGCCAACACUUCCUUUGGAGAAGGGAAAUGAUGGUGGAGGUGGAAAGCUGAUGAUGAUGCAAGGCAUGACCGCCAAAAACUUUGAUCCAAUCCGGUAUUCUGGAAGAUGGUUUGAAGUAGCUUCUCUUAAAGCUGGAUUUGCUGGUGCUGGUCAAGAAGAUUGCCACUGCACCCAGGGGAUUUACACUGUUGAUAUGGCCGCACCUGCUAUCCAAGUAGACACAUUUUGUGUUCAUGGAGGACCUGAUGGAUACAUCACAGGCAUAAGGGGAAGGGUUCAAUGCCUUAAUGAGGAGGAUACGGAGAAAAAGGAGACUGAUCUAGAAAGGCAAGAAAUGAUUAGGGAGAAGUGUUACCUUAGAUUUCCUACAUUGCCGUUUAUCCCAAAGGAGCCUUAUGAUGUGAUUGCAACUGAUUAUGACAACUUUGCUCUGGUUUCUGGAGCUAAAGAUAGAAGCUUCAUUCAGAUAUACUCAAGGACACCUGAUCCAGGACCAAAAUUUAUAGAGAAGUACAAAGACUACCUAGCAAGUUUCGGAUAUGAUCCGAGCAAAAUCAAAGACACUCCACAAGACUGUGAGGUGAAGUCUACCAGUCAGCUAGCAGCAAUGAUGUCCAUGUCCGGAAUGCAACAAGCACUAAACAACCAAUUUCCUAAUUUAGAGUUAAAGUCCUCUGUUGAAUUCAACCCAUUCACAAGCGUUUUCGAAACCCUGAAGAAACUUGUUGAGCUUUAUUUCAAGUAGUGAGAAGGCAUUUGAGUUUUAUGACAUACAUCUAUAUUCCUCGUAUAGUGCAUAGUCCUUAUGACCAGUUGGUGUAACACUUGAUAAUGGACAUAAAGUUCAAUUAUGAAUGACAUACUCUCGGGGAUUAUAUAUA